ACCCAGAUGCCUGGCGGUCAUGAGAACCACGCAAAUGACCUCUUGGACGGAUGGGGGGAAGAGGAGCAGGAGUUGCUCGGGAUGCUGCACGUGCCUCUGCUCCACGGGGGCGUGAAGGAGGUCCUGCUCCUGCCGAGCCUGUCGACCGCCUCGCCAGGAUCCUUCGCCCUCGCCUGCAUCCUCCUUGCCCUCUGCACCGCCUUCGUCGAGGUCCUACGGCUGGCAGCAUGGUGGGUGGAGCACCGGAGGAUAAACAAGCCGGGGAAGCAAACACGUGGAGGAGCCUGCGAAUGUAAACACUGCACGAGCGUUACUGUCAGCCUGCGAGGAGUGGCGGAAGGCAAGCAGUACAACGCGAUCCACGAUGCCAACAGCGGCGAGUCCCUGAGCAUACAGCCUUCUUCGAGCUCGUCGCUGUCAGCCAGGCGAACCGGCUUGUGGCUCGCUGCCUCGGCCGUCCUCAACCUCCUCAUCUACCUGACCUCCACCCUGCUCAUGCUCAUCGCCAUGACCAUGAACAUCUACCUCAUCCUGUCCAUGGGCGUCGGGGCCUCCUGUGGGAAGGUCGCCGUCCUCCUCGCCCGCAGGAGGAUGGAGGACGGGCCGUGCAAGUGACGCCAGAACAGGGUUUCCCCCAAACCCUGGACGGUGGCGGAGGCGGUGACGGAGGUGGAGGCGGUGACGGAGGCGGAUAGGAACGGCCUCCCGCACACCACGCCCUUCUGAGGGUCCUCGCUGCGGUCAUAGCUACGACGGAGGAGGUCUAUGCGCGUCACUUGAGUUUGGCCGAAUUGCUCGUAAGAAUACCAUAUAAAUAUAUAUUCAUACCAGUAAGAUGGUGAAAAGAUUUAUGUAUGAAUAUAUUUUUUACUAGAGUGUCCCGGUGACAUCAAUUAACGGGAACUCUAUGAAUUGGGUUUUGCAACUAUCAAAUAAAUAUCUGUAUAGACUCCAAAGCUCGCAAUCCUUUCGAAAUGCCCACAGAAGUUGGCCGCUCUAUCUGUCUUGGUUUCUGGAAAAAAAAAAUAGGAUUUAGGCGUAAAAGGGGCAUCUUAAGCAGUGAUAGGGUAAAUGCUAUAAAACUAAAAUGAAAUUCAUUUGAAAUAUCAAAAUAACACAAAUAGACCUGUGAGUCAUAUAAAUAAAAUGAACUAUGAUGUAAUAACAUUUUGAGACACGGAAAUACCACCAUAUACUUCUCAAGCGUCGGUUUACCAUAGUGUUAAGGGAGUUGCGAACAUUUAAUAAGGAAUUGGAGAAAUGUAUUAAGGAGCAAGCGAACAGUCUGAUAAAUACGUGGAUUAGAUUAAUAAAUGUGAUUAUAAUCCGGCAUAGAACACAAUUCCCAACAUUCUGUGAGUUAUAGCUUAAUAAGGAUUAUUGUUUUGUUUUCUGAUACAGUAGUAAACACAGGAGAGGGUUAAUAUAUAUAUUCAUACAAUACACACACAUACACGCGCACGUGUGCACAUGUAUGAAUAUAUAUGUGUGUGUGUGUGUGAAUUGGAAAAAAUCUGGUAAUCCAGCAAAACGUACUUUUGACUGGAUUACUGGCUGAACCAAAACGCAAUUAACUGUGAAUCACCAUUUUAGUAUGGUUGUGAAUAUAGAAUAAUUUGCCGAAGCUAAGUGCCUGUCCUCCCCCCUCCCCCCCUUUCUUUACUCUCUCCUCCACUGCAACGGUGAUUUACUGCUUUAGGAGGGGGGCAUGGUUAAUAUUCAACUACAUCAAGCCUUACAAAAUCUGUGAUAAUAUAUAAUUAUAAUAUUAGUCAAACUCAUUAGGAAAGGGACAUGAAAUCAUGAAAGCAGCAGAUCAUUACUAAGAACUUUGCUUAUGCACAUGUACACACUCGUGAACGUGCAAGUACAUGCACACACAUAUUCUAACAAACAACUAAACACACGCACAAUAAACAUUAGUCAGCUUAAAGUUACAAAGUUAGUGUUGAGAUCAGUGGUAGCAUAAAUGCAUUGUUCUCACACGUAAUAUGUUUCUGUGGUAAAAAAUCCGUCUUUUAACUUUUUAAAUAUACAGACACUCAAUGCAGUCAUCACGCUUUUAUAUACUUAUAGGUGUGAUGAUACAUAUAUAUCCUAAAAGAGUAUAUUUCUGUGGUAAAUGAUUUUAGAUCAAACAAGCCUAGAGAAGACACUAUAUGUAUACUGGAUCAGAAUAAAUGUUUAAUCUAUAUUUUUCUUCAGUAGAUGUAUAAUAAAGGUUACUGCAUU